AGAAUGUCUUCUCCCAAGCUCAUCACCGUCUUUGGUGCCACUGGCUCUCAGGGCGGCAGCGUGGUGCAGUCCUUGCUUCAGAACAAGUCCCAGUCCUUCAGGAUCCGAGGAAUCACUCGCAAUCCUGAGUCCGAAAAGGCCAAGGCUCUCGCUGAGCAUGGUGUUGAGGUAGUCAAGGCUGACGGUCUGGUCAGGGAAGAGGUGAUUGAAGCUUUCAGGGGCAGCUGGGGAGUCUUUGCCAAUACAAACUCGGACGAUCCUUCAAUGAACAAAGAAGGUGGGCCUACCGAACUUGAUAUCGGUAAGAGCCUCGUGGAUGCAGCCGCUGAGGCAGGGGUCCGUCACUUUGUGUACAGCGGUAUGGCCUCUGCCUCUGAAACCACUGGAGGGGCGGUUCCUAAUAAGGCUUUCGACAUGAAGCAUGCUGUCGGGGAGUAUGCAAAGAGUAAGGGGUUUGAGACUGUCAACGUUGUUAGCCCAGGCUGGUACAUAGAGAACCAUCUCGUGGAAGAUUUUGCCCCAGCUCUGGGCGGUUUCCCUUUCACCACUGACGAGGAGGGUUACCUCACUCUACGUGUUCCACGCUGGGGCGGUAAUGAAGAGAUUCCCUUCAUUUCUAUCGGAGAUGACUAUGGUGAUCUUGUUCAUGGCAUCUUCCUCGAUCCUAAGAAGUACAACGGGCGUCUUGUCCAAGGUAUCAGCGCCAGCGAGACAAUUGAGAAGCUUGUUUCCGAGUUCGGAAGAGUGACAGGUAACAAGGCUCGGUUCGUGCCCAUUGAGGACUGGAAAACCAUGGAGACUUACGGCGAUCAAUCAUUUGAGACUGUCAAGUACAUGUUCGGCUUCUGUCAGUACUCUGGCGGCUUGUACUAUGGAGUGCCUAACGAUUUGGGCCCUUCUAUUGAGCUGAAGGCAAAGGCGACCGAGGCUAAGGGACAGUCGAGCGAUGCUAAGUUGAUGACUCUCGAGGGGUUCUGGGAGAAGUAUUUCGCUCCUUGAAGGUAGGUAACGAUGCUUUCGGAUACAAUGGAAUGCGGUUUGACUCUGCAGAGCUCAAUCCUUGACCUGCAAUAGUCCGUCAUCAGUCUUUGGCCAUAUGUAGUUUGUGCUGUUGCUUCAAGUUAAUGCUCAACAUUUGUCGAUAUC